UUUCUGAAUUUCCGUGUUUUUCCAAACUACGCUAUAUGCAUAAAGGAAAGAGUGUUUAAAAGCUAGCUAAAAAAUAAAGUGUCAAUUUUUAUUAUAUUUUUUCGUUUAAAGUGAAGGUUAAACUUGUUUAUAGUUAUACAAUUUUCAAAAAAUUGCGAUUUUUUCACUGUUAAGGAAUCCUGCCAAAAUAGAUGGACCACAAGACUGCAAAAGAUAUUUGCGUUUUAAUUAAUUCAUAUAAAUGCCAAUCGAAGCCUUUGUUUAAUGGUGACAUUUACAAAAUUUUUUUGCUCCACCUCAUACAAUGGAGGCUGAAAGGAUCUUAGGGAUGCUUGAUUUUUUUUUGCGUCGUGCUCCUAAUGCUACUUUUGGUUUUCUGGAUUCUAAAAUAAAAGCCAGGGUAAACAAAACAUUAACAUGGCUUGAUGAGAAAACAUUGCCAGAACAAGAAGAUCUUAUUCAAUUUGUAAUUCGCAGAGGAGCUUUAGCGUGUCAAGCCUCUAAAAAUUUUAAUAAUCUUUUGUAUGAAGAAAUAGGAAAAAGAUGCGCCAAAGCUAAUUUAAAAAAAGAGCGUCUGGAAAGAAAGCGACUAGAGAAGGAUAUUAAAAGAGCAAUAGCUGAAAAUGCCAAAACCACAAAUCCUCUUUUUGUUAAUAUUGAUGAAAAACAAAAACGAAUUUUAGGAGUAAUUUUGAAAAAUGGAAACUUGAUAGGGCAGCUCUUAAGCCAUAAAUGGGAGCUAGAUGAUGGUAAUAUACAUUUAUUUUUUGGUAGAAUUGUUGAUCAGAAGGUAGCAACAAAAAAAAAAUCUUUUACAUACACAAUAGGAUAUUGGAAAGUCAAUGAAGAUGAAGCUGAAGAUAUUGACAUAAGCCAGGAAGGAGUUAUAGCAGAUCUAAUACUUAAAGACUUGGAGUUCAUUUAAAAAUUACUAUAAUAUAUUAGGCAUUAUUAUCUUUUA